CCUGCACUGCGUCUAUUGCGCCAUUACGAACUACAAUACUGAAAUACAAAUAUAAUUAUAAAUAUGGCGUUUGUAUUACGACAAGCGAGAUUAUGGCCUUCGUACCAGAAAACUAUGACUGUCCUUCCGGCAGCAACCUAUUGCUGUAGUCAGCGAUAUGUUAGUGUUUUGUCCCCACACAGAUCGAUUGCAAAUCGAAUAAAGAGAUAUGCUUCGAGCAAUCAUUCCAACAUUGUUAAAAGCAAGAGUCCUGAUUUGAGCAGUAUUGUGGAAGAUAAAUCCCUACCGGAAUUUCUGUUUGAUAAAUUUGAUACAUUCGGCAACAAACCAGCAAUGAUCGAUGGAAUCACUGGAAAGCAAUACACCUACCCACAACUGCAAGAAAUGGUGAUUAAAUUGGGCUCAGCAUUGACAAAACUUGGCUUCAAGAAAGGAGAUGUGUGUGCUCUAUUUUGUUAUAAUAUUGCAGAAUAUCCUAUUUUGUAUCUGUCUGUAUUAUCUCUGGGUGGUAUAUGCACAUUAAUAUCUAGUAUGGCAACCGUUCCUGAGUUGAGCUACCAGUUGAAAGACACAAAAGCUCAAUAUAUUUUUACAGUUCCUGCCUUUGCCCCUACUGCAAAAGAAGCAGCAAAACAGUGUGGAUUAAAAGAAGUGAUUGUAGUUGGUGAGGCGGAGGGCUGUAGACCAAUCUCUAAACUUUUUGAGGACGAUGGAAAAACAUUUCCAAAAGAUGUCAUGAUCAAUCCAAAAGAAGACGUGGCGGUAUUACCAUAUUCUAGUGGCACCACAGGCUUACCAAAAGGUGUUAUGUUAACUCAUUUCAACCUAUCUGUGAACAUACAGCAACUGGUUGACACGCCUGGAUACAUUGAUACAUAUUUUGAUGACAAAGUAUUAGGUUCAGCGCCGUUUUUUCACAUUCUUGGAUUUAAUGUUGUUCUUGGCGUUACCUUGUAUAAUGGAGGGACUGUAGUAAGCUUGCCUCAGUUUGAGCCGGAGUUAUUUUUAGAGACAAUUCAAAAAUUCAAGAUCUCAAAACUUUCCACAGCUCCUCCUGUAAUUUUGCUUCUUGCGAAAAGUCCUAUUGUUGACAACUACGAUGUAUCAUCUCUACGAUCUAUUUUGUGCGGGGCUGCUCCUCUUUCUUCAGAUCUUGAAAGUGUUUUUCUUGAGCGACACAAAAAUACAAGACUCGGGCAAGGCUACGGUCUCACAGAAACCAGUCCUGGAGUAUUCUUAUCUCCAGAAGCAGCACCAAGAGCGGGAUCAUCUGGAGUAGUUCUCCCUAAUACUGAAGCUAAGGUGACUGAUUUAUAUACUGGGGAAACAGUUGGCGCAAAUGAAGAAGGAGAAAUAUGUAUCCGAGGUCCUCAAGUAAUGAAAGGAUACUACAACAAUCCCAAAGCAACAAGCGAAGCCAUCGACUCUGAUGGCUGGUUCCGUUCUGGUGAUAUCGGAUACUAUGAUUCUGAUGAGUUUUUUUAUAUCGUUGAUCGAUGUAAAGAGCUGAUAAAGUACAAAGGCUACCAGGUUGCACCUGGCGAGCUUGAAGCGACGUUAAUUGCCCACCCAAACAUCCAAGAUGCUGCUGUUAUCGGUAUCCCUGAUGAAAAAUGCGGCGAACUUCCAAAAGCUUUCGUUGUAGCGAAAGAUGUAAGCGAAGAAGAAGUAUACGGUCAUAUGGAGAAGAACCUCGCUCCGUACAAAAAGCUUCGUGGUGGCAUAGAAUAUGUUGACGAGAUCCCGAAAUCAGUGAGUGGAAAAAUUUUAAGAAAAGUUUUAAAGGAAAAGGAAUUGUCAAAGUAGUUGGUGUUAAUUGAACAAUUCUUAAAAUUUAAUGAUAGUUUUAUACCAAUGUAAUUUCCUUGUGACGAUUAUUUCAUGUUUGGAUUACUGAAAAGGCGCUUACUAAACUAAUAUAAAGCCCAUCCUUGUUCAAACCGGUUGGCGACUUGGAGUUGGUCACGUAAUGUACUGAAAUGUGGCGAGCAAUCGAGACGAUUUAGCAAUAUUUUUACCUUCAAAAGAAAACUAGUGUGAAAAAGAAAACUAGGAAAACUACUGUGUCGAUUUUAGGCAAACCUCAGGCACCACAUAAACUAAUAUUCAUAGCUGAUCGAGAUUCUUCGAGACCACUCCCUGACCAGCUGGUAGCAAGGUUUUCUUUAAGGCAAUUCUACAUUACGUCCGCGCGGGUAAAGCGCGCUUUGUUUUUCAGGCCCGUCACGGUCGCAUGGGCAGAUUUUCCGGCAAAAGCUGCUUCACCCCGGGAGUGAAGCGGGCGGUAAAUAGAGAAUCGUGCCUUUGGGUUGUGUAGGCGUACGAGUGUAUUUGAGGGGGAGGGAACGAAUGAAUCCAGCAAAAAUUGUUUGAUUCACGAGUACAAAAUGACCAAGUUAACCAAAUUCGCCAAACCCCCACCGCGCCCUCUCCCUUCCUCGCUUAUAGUAGAGCUUGUUCAAGUUUUUGAAUAAAAUAUUUGUGAAUUUGGAACAUUAUGCUUAAUUAUACCAUUACAACGCGUUUGGAUUAUUAGUCGUAAGAUGCGUCUAGGCUGAGUAUACGCCAUAUGUCGUACCGUGCAUCGCAGAACUAUAUGCAUACAUGUGGUCGGCGUGUUUAUAUUUAUGCAUUGGUUGUUUACGAACAUUUUUGCACGAUUUUGCCACGUAUAAGAGCCAAAGAUGCUGUUGAAAUUUUAACAUCGAAAUUUUGAAUAAAUGUCAAAACCUGUAUUGCUCCCACUAGAUGAUGUUGUCAGAAUACUCGAGAAGCGUAGAAAACACUUGACUACGUCUCUUACAUUCUCACGCUAUAAAGCAAUGGACUCGUUUGAUAGUCCUUUAAUACAGUCUCUGCCAAGGCAAUAAUUUGUUGGAAGAAAUAACUGAACAUAUUAUUUUGAUUCUUGGAUAGCCGGCUUGAACCAAAUUUAAUUUAAUGAAUGUGAAAUUUUGUUGAUAGGAGUCUCUGUACGUGCAAUGCCAAACGUUUUUGCAUAGAUGUUUUUCCUCGGCAUAUUUAUUGCAAUAUUCGGUAUAUCAUGGU